AGAACCGGCGGAGGUGGUUGGGUCAUGAGGGAGAGCCUGUAGAGCCUUUCCCUGCCAGCGUCCUCGCUUCUAGGCUUCAGAAGUCAGCUUGGUCGUUUGUCGUCGCUGACCCUGUCACGCGCCUCUGGGUUCCUCUACCUCAUCGUCGAUGUGGCCCUAAUGGUGCGGCAAGCCGUGGAUUCCUAGAGCGCUGGAGUGAACUUAAGAAGAUUUUUGUCCACGUGUAUGGCAUAGAAGAUGAAUUCGUCGUCCUCCACCAUGAAUGAGGAACCUGAUGCUCUCUCUGUAGUUAACCAGCUCCGAGACCUAGCUGCAGAUCCUUUAAACCGACGAGCCAUUGUCCAGGAUCAGGGAUGUCUGCCCGGCCUUAUUUUAUUUAUGGACCAUCCCAACCCCCCUGUCGUCCACUCAGCUUUGCUCGCUCUUCGAUACUUGGCAGAGUGCCGUGCCAACCGAGAAAAGAUGAAAGGAGAGCUGGGAAUGAUGUUAAGCUUGCAAAAUGUUAUACAGAAGUCUACAACUCCAGGGGAAACAAAACUGCUAGCCUCUGAAAUCUAUGACAUUCUUCAAUCUUCCAAUAUGGCAGAUGGGGAUAGUUUCAAUGAAGUGAAUUCACGUCGAAGGAAAGCUCAGUUUUUUCUGGGAACUACAAACAAACGUGCCAAAACAGUGGUUUUGCAUAUAGAUGGUCUUGAUGAUACGUCCCGGAGAAACCUGUGUGAAGAGGCCUUGUUAAAAAUUAAAGGCGUUAUUAGCUUUACUUUUCAAAUGGCUGUUCAGAGAUGUGUGGUGCGAAUCCGUUCAGAUCUUAAAGCAGAGGCUUUGGCAUCAGCAAUAGCAUCAACCAAGGUUAUGAAGGCUCAGCAAGUUGUGAAGAGCGAAAGUGGAGAAGAGAUGCUGGUCCCAUUCCAGGACACACCUGUGGAGGUAGAACAGAACACGGAGCUGCCUGACUACCUGCCUGAGGAUGAGAGUCCCACAAAGGAGCAGGACAAGGCGGUGUCCCGGGUGGGCUCCCACCCAGAGGGUGGAGCUAGCUGGCUGAGCACAGCUGCAAACUUUUUAUCCAGGUCAUUUUACUGGUGACUUCCCUUUGGGGCUCAAGGACUGUAUAAGCGAACAAGGGGCCAGUUUUCCAUUGUCGUGGUGAACUGUCAAGUGCAAUUUGCAAUAAGUUAUCAUGAAAAGUUUCUAGAUCCCAUGAUUGAGAAUGCUGCAUUUUACAUUCUACUGGACAUUUUACCCCACUAAGUGGUAAAAGGGACAGAGGCGACAGGUGGAGUUGCUUUGUUGAUGAAGGUAUUUUGGUUUUAUUGUCCUUUGUUUAAUUGCCUCACUUCUUUAAAAAAAAAAAAAAAAGGGUCCACUGUUAAACCAAACAUGUAUUUGUGCAGCUUUACAUUUUAUUUGACACGAAGCACGUGAUUAGGAAAACUCGUUUUCUCAAGCUUCAGGACCUAGAAGAGAAUUUUUUUUUUCUUUUUAGCUCAAGUUGUGCAUGAAGUACUGAACACUUUUCUCUGCCUUUUCUCGUGAAAGAUACUUGCUUUGGUACUCUUCACUGAAAGUGGAAAGCAUUUCUCGUUAUUCCCCUUUUGUGCCUUUUUUUAAUUUUGCCAACCAUGUUUAUGGACAAGACGUUACCAAUGACAUUUUGUGAAUCAAAACAUAUUCUUUGGAAUGUAGCAGUCCCCCUUAGACUACAACUCUAUGAAAACUUUGCAAUCUUACUUGUUACAAGUUUUUAAAGGUUAACACAAAAUCAGUCAAGAAGGGAACAUGUGUAUCAGCAGAGUGUUAGUGGAGACUAUUUGAAUGGGACCAAACGUGGUUCUAGUUGAGUACUUCCUGUUCAGUCUGGUUUAUAUCAGCUCUUGAGAAUGAUGUCCACCCUAAUAUUGGGAGUGACUAUGAAUGGUUUCUAGGCCUUACUUUGUGAUUACACACUAUCCCCUCCUAGGGGGAAAAAAAAAUUAGCGAAGAACUGACAGACUUGAAAAAAGAAAAAUGGAAUGCCUAUAAUGCCAUAGUGCUACUUGGUAGAGUCCAACCUUAAUACAUGACUUGUUUGGCAGAUGCCUGUUCAGUAGGUAUUUCCUUAUAUUGCCUUUUGUGAGCUUAUUAUGAACACGCAGUUUCUAUUGAAUGAAAAGAAAAAAGACUCCAGUUACUGCUUAUAAAGAAAUAAAGCCAGCAUUUGUCUGUCCACUAGGUUCUUAUGUUCAGCCAGGAGAAAAAAAAAAAAAAAACAGCACUUCAGUGAAGGUAAGAUAAAUAAAUACAAAUAUAUAUACAUAUAUAUAUUUUUGGUAGAUAAGAGCUAAUUACAUAUAUGUAACGCUUUAAUAAAUUUCUGAAAAUACUUGGCAACUAAAAAUUUUCUUUGGGAAAGCCCACUGACUCCAGAUAAAUUUUAAUGCUAAUAUGAUUAAAAACUGAAGGGGGAAUAGGAGGAAACUGAAACUUUUUUCAUCCACGUUAUAGAGCUGCUAUUUUACUACUUGGAGAAUGUGAUGUGAAAAUUGGACCCUGGAGGGUGUCCUUGCAUUUUCAUUGCUUCUCUUUCAGAGAAAAAACUAAAAGCAUCCAGUGUCACUGGAGAAAAAACUGUAAAAUAGUUCACCAACAAAAAUCUUGAGUUUAGGGAUAUUGUGACCUUAUGGAGGGAGCGGUGUUGAGGCUGUGGAGAGUGAUUACUUUUUUCAUCUGGGCUCUGAGUUCAGGUGAUGCACACAACUGAAAAUAUAAGCUUUCAGGGCAUGUAUUGCUCUAAAUGCAUAUUACAUCUUGCUGCCAGACCAGAUGUGUUUAAAAAAAACAAAACAAAACAAAACAACAAAACCACCUCCUUUCUAUAGCCAUUGAAACAAAGUUUACUGUUCUAACCAGUUUGUAUUUUAUUUUGCAUUGCCACACAUCUGCUUAUUUAAGAAACAACAUCCCUCCGGUAGUAAUGGUUCAGCACAAGUAGGUAUUACAGCUUGAUGUGUGUGUUCUAAUUCUCAGUGUUCUUUGAUUCCAGGUCUUAUAGAGCAGUUAAGGCAACUGUAAUGGCAUUUUUUGGAAAUAUAUUGUAAAAUAAUAAAAGGUGACAUAAUUAAAAUUGA